GUCAGAAGACUUUUCAAGGGUAAAAGAUGACCUGUCUUGUAGUACUUUGUCCUCUUAAAGUACUAUACUGGAAAUUUAUUCAUUUCUUUGCAGUACAAGCUUCUACCACACCAGCUGUGUCCUACAUAACCUUGUACUAUUUUACUUGUCAUUUCCUCGACAAAUGCUAAUCUUUGUUUAGCCGAGGCUACGUUUUGGAGCUAUCCAUUAUUUCUUGCCCAAUGUCUCGCUCUCUCUUCUCCCUUUUUAUCCUCCUCUCUCUCCUCCUUCUAACAGCCGGGCACAGUGGCCACAGCGACGACGCCGACGCCGAUGCCCCAAAAAUUAAUCUCCGUUCGACAUCCUUAAUCCUGGUUAAGAUAUGGUGCUUGAUAUUGAUCUUUAUUGGCACUUUCAUUGGUGGGGUGUCCCCCUACUUUUUGAAGUGGAACGAGGGGUUCUUGGUGUUAGGGACUCAGUUUGCUAGCGGUGUGUUUCUGGGGACUGCUUUGAUGCACUUCUUGAGCGAUGCAAAUGAGACCUUUGAGGAUUUGACAGAAAAGGAGUACCCUUUUGCUUUCAUGUUGGCCUGUGCUGGUUAUUUGUUGACUAUGCUUGCGGAUUCUAUCAUUUCUUACGUUUAUAGCAAAGAGGUGGCCAGCCAGGCUAAUGGUGGCGAUGUAGAGCGUCAAGGGGGUGUUCUGCAGGGAAAAAGAAGCCACACCAGCAGUUCCCAGUCACAUUUUCAGAUGCACAAUGGUAUAGAUGCUGCCUCUGCAAAGUCCACACUCGCAACUACCAGUUCAUUAGGGGAUAGCAUUUUGUUAAUAUUUGCGUUGUGUCUCCACUCUGUCUUCGAGGGCAUUGCAAUAGGAGUUGCAGAGACAAAAGCUGAUGCCUGGAGAGCUUUAUGGACUAUCACUUUGCAUAAGAUAUUUGCAGCAAUCGCAAUGGGUAUAGCUCUCCUUCGAAUGAUCCCAGAGCGCCCCUUUGUAUCAUGUGUUGCCUAUGCUUUCGCAUUUGCCAUUUCAAGUCCAGUUGGUGUGGCCAUUGGGAUUAUAAUAGAUGCCACAACUCAGGGUGCUGUGGCAGACUGGAUCUUCGCCAUUUCAAUGGGACUGGCAUGUGGUGUGUUCAUCUACGUAUCAAUUAACCAUCUUUCAACCAAGGGUUAUUGUCCCCAGAGAUCAGUUUUAGUCGAUACACCGUUUUACAAGUUCCUAGCUGUAUCAUUGGGUAUUGGGGUAAUUGCUGUUGUGAUGAUAUGGGACUAAAAACAAAGGAGGGAAGAUGCCUAUUUGGAUGUCUGCUGUUUUUGGGUCCACAUGAGUGCAGAGCAUGGGUGGUAGAAUACAAGCACGAUCUAUAGGUACAAGCAUCAUUAAAGAUUUUUGAUGGUGUGGAUCUACCCUUAAAUGUAUAAUGAUACAGGUAAUAGAUUCAUAAUCCAAUACAUGGAUUGAAAGGGUGAAUAUUAUAGUGGAACUUGAGUA